AUGGACGCCGGCAUUUGGCUCGUUUUCACUCUGGCUGUUCCUUUAGCCUCCUCCACAGCUGGAGCAACAACACACGUCCCUGAUACUACAACUACUGCACUGCUCGCCACAGCUGAUACUACAACUACUGCACUGCUCCCCACAGCUGAUCCUACAACUACUGCACUGCUCGCCACAGCUGAUACUACAACUACUGCACUGCUCCCCACAGCUGAUCCUACAACUACUGCACUGGUCCCUACAGCUGAUACUACAACUACUGCACUGCUCCCCACAGCUGAUACUACAACUACUGCACUGCUCCCCACAGCUGAUCCUUCUACUACUGCACACAGCAUUACUACUACAACCACAGAGGGUACUACUGCUGAUGAAGUUACUAAUGUAACUGAAGAGGGUAGUACUCUAAUUACUAUUACUACCAGCCCCCCCCCUCAUUCAACUAUUACUGAUCCUACUGAUAGUACCACCCACCCCAUGACUGAACAAACCAGUACUACUUACUAUACUCCAACUACUUCAGUUGCUACUACUACAACUACAACUACUCCUUACACAAGCACUGCUUUACCUUCUACUGAUACUACUAUAAUUGAUACUACUUUCUAUCCAACAACUGGUGAAGAUAUUACUACUUAUGAUACUCCUCCUACUACUACUACAAUUGGUACUACUACAACUACUCCUUACACAAGUACUACUUUACCUUCUACUAAUACUACUGUAACUAAUACUACUUUCUACCCAACUACUGCUGAAAUUACUUAUCCUACUGCCACUCCCACUCUGACUAGUACUGCUCCUUCUACUACACCUACUAUUACUACUACUACUACUACUCCAUCUCCAACUACGAUUACUCCUGGUACUACCACUGCCCUGAAAUGUGAGAACGGUGGGGAAAAUGUGAACGGCGUCUGCAUCUGUCCUGAUGAAUGGACCGGACAGACCUGCUCAGUAGAAAACUUUUGCAGAGCUCAGCAGCUGGGUGGAUUCAUCUUCCCUCAAACGCCGAUUGGCUGGUUUGCUUAUUCUGAGCAACUCUGUGAAGCAGGAACAGCUGGUGCUGGUAAACCAAAGGCUUCAACCAGAUGUUUGUCCAAUAGUGGAUCACCAGCUUUCAACCGUCCACAGAUCUUCUACUGUGACCUGACGCUCAGCGACAUACAAAAUCUGACCAGUGCAGCUGAUUUAGAGACUGCAGCAGCCAGCACUCAGAUUCUGACGUCCAAACCAGAAGAGCUGACAGCUGCAAACAUCACAGCAGCAGCUCAGAUCACCAACACGCUGCUGCUGUCUCCAAAUGCUACAGAGAGCGUCAGGGUGUCGGCAGUAGCGACGGUCAGCCAGCUGCUGAACGCCACCGUGCCAGACGACGCAGCGGAGAACAACGCAACUCAGGGGCUGACGCUGCCCCUGGACCAGCUCUCUGUGAACCUCAGCCUCAGCGUCAAUGCAUCUGAGUCUCAGGUGGUGCAGCCGAACCUGGUGGUGCAGUCGGCACAGGUCCCUGCUGCAGACACUCAGGGAGUCCAGUUCACUUCUCUCAGAGGGACGUCUGGCAGUUUUGUGGCUGACAGGAUUCAGCUGAACACAAACACAACACAGCUCGAGGUGGAAAACGGGUUCAUAGCUGAUGCCCUCAUUUAUGUGCAGUUUCCACCAGGUGAAGGUGUCAGAGGUCGUCAGACAAACUCAGACGUCUCUCUGGGGUUCGUCCUCUAUCAGAACGACCGUUUCUUCCCUUCAAAACUCUACAGGAAGCAGAGCGCCACCAUCAGGGUCCUGUCAGCCAGCGUCAGAGGGGGGGAGCGCACCGUGGUGCCGCAACACGUGGAGAUGCUGUUCAGGCCAAGGCUGAUGGACGGGACGUCUCUGCACGACUUCUCCUGCGUUUUCUGGAGCUACGCUCUGAAGGAGUGGAGCACCGCCGGCUGCUCUAAGGGGAACGGCUCAGAUGGACUCAUGAGGUGUUUCUGUAACCACACCACCAACUUCGCUGCUCUCUGGUCAUACAGAGAGAACUACGAGUACGCCGAAGCUCUGGAUGUGAUCUCCAUCGUGGGACUUUCUCUUUCUAUCCUGGGUCUGACUGUGACGAUCAUCUAUCACCUUAAAGAAAUGUUUGAUAAAAAAGACACCAUCAAAGCUCAGCUCUUCAUCUGCCUCAGCCUGCUGGCCUUCAUCAUCACCUUUGUUACUGGAGUCCAGAACAGACAGCCUGAGGUGCAGACUGACGAUCGGACCAACGACCUCCUGGACUCUGAUAAACACGUAGAACCGGACCGCGGCUCGUGCACGGCCGUGGCCGCGCUGCUGCACGUCCUCCUGAUGGCCACCUUCAUGUGGAACGGCCUGUAUGCCACUCACUGGUUCCUGGUCUCAGCCAUGCACCGCAGCCUGCCAGCACACUGGACUCUGCUGAGCAUGGCUCUGGGAUGGGGGGUCCCAGCCUGUCUCAUGGCCAUCACACUGGGGGUGACCUAUAAGGUGGACGAUCCUCUGGGAUACAGACAGGAGGAAUUCUGCUGGCUUGCAGCUCUGGAUAAGAACAAACGCUUCAGCUUUGACAAACCCAUGUUCUGGGGGUUCCUCCUUCCAGUUGGACUGGUCCUGAUCUACAUCAUGGCUCUGCUUCUGGUUUCAUGUUUCCUAAGGAAGAAGGACUCCAGUUCUUCUUUUGGGAAGAUAUUUUGGGAAAACCUGCUUCUGGCUUUGUUACUGGGUGUGUCCUGGGUGUUUGGGUAUCUGGUCCUCGUCUCUUCGGGAACAGCACACCUGGCCUUCAGCAUUUUGUUCUGCGUCUUCACAACCACACAGGGUCUUCAGAUUUUUAUGGUCACAGCCACACCAGCCCUCAGAUCUGCCAUGUCCCGAUCACUGCAGUACCUUUCUUCAGUCAGCAUCUCACUGAACAACAUGAAGUACCGCUUGUGGGAGGACUGGAAUGAGAGCCACUCUGACAAAUUCAUAGACCUGAGCGAAGAGGUCAAAACAAGCUGUUAA